CGUCGUUUUCGUCGCUAUUUGAGCAUUAAUAGAAAGAAAGGAAAAUGCCGGCCGGCGAUUGUGCUCAAGCGCUCAAGCGCUAACCAAGAUCAUUCACGGGUCGCUCUUUCUGGAUAUAACUCUGUCUAUGGAAACCUCCUCAGAUGCAAUUGAAUAUACUGUUCAUGACUACUCCUCAUACAGCACCCACUUUUACCCGGAGAAUAUCUUGGUAGAUGACCCAAGUAACUCGAAGAGUCGAUGGACUACACAACAAUCUGAGGCCGUACAUUGGAUACUUCUGCGCCUCAAUAAGCUCUCAGUUCUCAAAAGCAUAACAUUUGGGAAGUAUCAUACAUCUCAUCCCUGCAAUAUGAAAGAGUUCAAAGUCUACGUCGGCAUGACUCCAGAGAAUAUGACCGAAGUUCUGCACUCGUCUUUGAAGAAUGACCCUAUUAGGGAAACCUUUUCAAUUCGGCAUCAUAACAGUACUGGUCACUGCUUUCCGACUCGCUUUGUCAAAAUAGAACCACUCACGGUGUUUAGCCCAAGUUACAAUACUUCAAUAUGGCACAUUUCACUUACCGGAAUAAUCAACGAGGUGUCGGUCGAGGAAGUAAAGGAAGAUUAUGAUCGAUUUCGGGAAACGCGAGUCAUGCAACACAUUCUCAAACAUCUUCGCCAACGUCGGCUCCUGACGCCCUUCAACUCCAUCCUGACUCAAUCAAGCGUCCGACUUGAACAUCCUCUGAUUACUGAACUGUAUGAAAGCGUGGUUCUCACUGGUAAUUGGGACAAAGCCGAGAACGUUCUACACGACAUGUCCGCAGCAGGUCUGUUUGAGCAAUGCCUUAAAUCCUCUAAUCCACGCGCCGUGUGGAGAGAAAUACGCGACACCGACGCCAAUGGUGACAUCCCUUCCGUUCGUGGCGGGCAUGCUAUGUGCAUCGAUACUCAACGAAGGUACAUCUACCUUUUCGGGGGAUGGGAUGGCCAGACAAGCUUGGCUGAUUUCUGGCGUUAUGAUAUCAAGGAACAACGAUGGGUGGUUCUCAGUGCCAACACGUCUCUCGAAUCGAAUGGUCCAGGGCCCAGGUCAUGCCACAAGAUGGUGUAUGAUUCCAAAACUAAUAGCAUUUAUGUUCUUGGAAGAUUAGACGACCAAGAUAGGCCAACAAGUCGUGCGCAAACUAGAAAUUCAGAAUCUGCGGGGUCCCCGGGCUUCAAUCGUUCAUCAGGAGCCGCGGACGAAACACCAACAUUAAGCUCGAGGCCAAUGCCUUCAUCUGAGUUCUACAGAUAUCGCUGUGAAGAUAACACAUGGGAGCAUCUCGAUAUCGAUGUUAACGGACCUCGAACUAUAUUUGACCAUCAAAUGGUUAUGGAUAGCGAAGCGCAAAUUUUAUACGUGUUUGGAGGGCGUGCAGCCGAAAAAGAUUACGACUAUUCGGGACUCCAUAGCUUUAAUGUGCGUAUGAAGAAGUGGAGCUUACUUCAGGCCACUGAUAGCACAAUUCCAUCUCGUUUUGGUCACUCGAUGAUUCUCGAGCCUACCACUCGGCAGCUAUACAUAUUCGCUGGCGAACGAGAUGAGAAAUUUCUUUCGGACAUGUAUAUUUACGAUAUCGCCACAAACACCGCGACGGAAGUGUUUUCUGAUUUUACGUCCUCGGGUGGUCCCCAGCCGUGCUUUACACAGCGUGCUGUUAUAGACCCUACAUUGCAAGAAAUUUACAUAUUCGGCGGGCUUAUCCACGACCGUGCCACGCUAUCCGAGUCUUCAAACUGGCUCUAUCGUUAUCCAUCUCGACCAGGAAAAUGGCAAAAAAUACAACCUCUAAAGGGGUUGCAUAAGAGCCCUACCCCUUCGUCGUCAUCUCCUCAGAUCACUGCCAAUCCUCCGUCGAGGUUUGCUCAUCAAGUUGUAUACGAUCUUCCGUCCAAAACGGUGUAUUUGCACGGAGGAACCAUGAUGGAUUCUGAUUCCGCGAAACUCAGGGAGGGAAAUGAUGGCCAGACUGAAGAAGCACCGAUGAAAAGGUUGUCUGAUUUCUGGGAAAUGUCAUUAUGGAGACUUUCGUCGAAAGAGCUCAUCCGGCGUUCCGCCUAUCUCAUUCGCCAACAACGGUUCAAAGAAAUGUGUGAAACUCAAGCUCCAGUUCAAUCUCUCAUUUACCUUCAGAACCAAGUUUCGGAAGUAGUGAAUCACGAUGAUCCCAGCGAAACUCAACUCUUUCGAUCUCUCUUGACCCAUCUCUUGAUGAAUUCAUCCCCAAUCUCAACCGUCCCUUCCGCUAUUGAGACUGAGUCACCCAGAAAUAAUUACGCAGGCAACGCUAAGCCUCAAACUGACUCAUCGCUAUUGAAUAUAUCCACAGGCAAUAGCUCGGACCAACUUGGCCAUCCAGGGCUCCUCCAAAGCGGUCUAGACUCUGUGCAUAUCUCUUCUGAGCCUCUACCUGAUUUGUCGAGUCAGAAUCGGACUAAUACCAAGAUACAAACCUCUGAAGAUCCAUACGAGAGGAAGCUCCACCCCACAAAAGACCCUACGUCGCAGGAAUGUUUCGUUCAACGUACAAAGACCUUCGAGGCUAUCUUGGAAUUUGUUGACGAUGACGCAAAACAACCUGCUGGGAGCCUUCUGGAACUAGUCGAUGUCGACGCUGAUUUGUUAUGAGUAUGCGGCCCCUUGCUAGUGUAUGUAUUUGGGCCAGUUCUUGUAUGUAUGUAUGUACAGUACGUAUUUACUUUUUUAAUUACUGUUGAAGGUCAGGACCAAGUACUGGAUACCGAAGCGAAUGCUGAGUAUGAGUGUGGUAGUGACUUGUAGAAAGAUCAUGAAAGUUGAGUG